AUGGUUUCCACCUCAACACGACUUCCAAUUGCUGCUCAUGCAACCUAUUUCUUUGAAGCUGCCAUUCGCAAGGCAAUGCUAAUGACCGUCGUCUUAAAUGGAGGAAUGUUUCUUGGAUUUCUUGUAAUGAUGGAAUUAUUCUAUAACUCUCCUGAUCAUCACUUAUUUGGGUAUUCCUACAUGGUUUGGACAGGAUAUCCAAUGUAUCUUGCAUGUUUGAUUGUAAAUGGGAGGUUCUUUCAGUCUAUUUCCAAGGAGACAUUUCGCUUGCAACCUAGUCCUUCAAUCCAGAUAGAUUUGUUAGGCACAAACCAGGACAUGACUUUGGCAGUCUACACAACAUUGCUUUAUACAAUUUUUGCAAUUUUUGUCUUUUUAUUGAGACUUAUCCCUAUUGUUGGCAAAACUAUUUCUUUUGUAGCAAGCUGUAUUAUAAUGUCUUACUAUUGCUUCGAAUACAAAUGGACCUAUAUUGGUUGGAGUAAAGAUCAAUCCAUGCUAUUCAUUGAGAAGCAUUGGGCAUAUUUUCUAGGUUUUGGUAUGUUGUAUGAUACUUUCAAGAUUCGCUCCUAUAACUUGGCGCACUUAGGGCUUCCUGUUGCUGCGCUUACAUUUUUCCUCUCUACAUUGCAUGCUGGUGCCGUUUUUGCACUUGUAUAUCCCAGUGUAUCUUCUUCAGCUUCACCAAAACCUAGUAUGGCUGUAUAUGGAGAACCACUAGUGUCAGAUGGUCCUGUCUACUUUGAAUCGUGGACAUUGCCGCUUCAUAUCCCUCUAUUUUACCCUGUCAGACAAAUGAGCCAUCUUACUAUAUAUCUCAUUAAAACCGUGGGUGGGAAAAAAGCUGAUUCUAUCUUGACCCACAAGAAGGAUAUCAUGGGAAAGUUGGUGUAA